AUGGAGGACUUUAAAAUCUGUCCAGUGACUAACUACUACAAAAGGAUCCUUCUGCCAGUGUCCUACAGCAUUGUGUUCCUGCUGGGCCUGAGUUUAAACGGCGCCCUGCUGUGGUGCGUGUGCUGUCGGCUGCGCCAUUGGAGCAGCACGGUCAUCUACUCCACCAACCUCGCCGUGGCGGAUCUCCUGUACGUGCUGGCCUUGCCCCCUCUCAUCAUCAGCAAUGCCAUGGGCAGCAUGUGGCCCUUCGGGAACGUCAUCUGCAAAAGCGUCAGGUUCUUCUUUUUUGUCAACCUGCACUGCAGCAUGAUGUUUCUGACGUGCGUCAGCGUGCACCGCUUCCUCGGAGUGUGCUUCCCCAUCGCUGCUGUGCGCCUCAGGACCAAAAAAGUCGCCCUCUUCGCGUCAGGCUCGGUUUGGAUCCUUGCCACUGCAGAGAUUUUACCCACAUUGGUCUUUGCGCACACAGGUGUGAUCAACAACAUGACUGUGUGUUUUGAGAUGACCAACCCGGGGCGGUUUAAAGUUUAUUUCCCUUACGGAAUGUUUUUGGCCAUAGUGGGCUUUCUGAUCCCAUUCCUCGUCGUUAUCACCUGUUACUGCUCCAUGAUGACGGUGCUUUACUGCAGGGCCCCGGACAGCAUCUCCAACGCGAGGACAGCUCGGAUGCGCAACAAGUCUAUUUACACACUCCUGGUUGUGUGUCUCAUGUUUGUGGUGUGUUUUGUGCCUUAUCACAUCGCCCGGACCGUCUACUUGUUUGUGAGGGUCUACAUGCCCGAAGACUGUCACCUGCUGAACGUGGUCAUGAUCUCCUUCAAGGUGUGGAAGCCUGUGGUCAGUUUCAACUGCUGCGCUAACCCCCUCUUCUACUUUUUCGGCUGUAAUCGGCACCGUCAGAGGCUCCGGGCCUGGCUGUGGAGGCGGAGGAAGAGGGUGCAGCCCAGUGUGAGUGUGGUGGAUGUCGGCAGCACACACAGGUCCGCAGGGCAGAGAGCAUCCAUCAGAGGUCUCAUUAAGUGACUUUUAUCAGGAGGCCGCGGGCGGUAAUGACAUUAGGACUGUACCAACACUGUCUAUAAACUGU